AUGUCAUUCAAGAACAAGGAAGAACUAGCCACUUGGUUGAAACUUGCUUGCUUGAAGAAAGAUUUUAGAAUCAAGAAGGUGAUUAAUUCGCGUACUGUGUAUUGCUUCAGAUGUGUACAUCCGGAGUGCAAGUGGUGGCUUAGGGCUGUGAAGCUUUUAAGUUCUGACAGAUUUUGUAUCAGAACUUACAUAAAGCAUCACACAUGUGGUUCUGAGCACAUUACGAGCCAUAAUCCACACGCUACUGCGAAAGUCAUUGGUGAAUACUUCAAAGAUAAGUUUCCUUACGGUAAAGGCCCAUCUACAAAAGAUAUGAGUCAAUCAAUCCGUACAGAUUUGGGUUGUAAGGUAAGUUAUUGGAAGGUCUGGAAGGGCAUGGAGAUUGCAAAGGCUUUGACAAGGGGGACACAUGAGCACGGGUAUGCAGUGCUUGAUGCGUACCGUUAUAUGCUUCGUUCUGCAAAUCCAGGAAGUAAGACGGCAUUGAAAGUUGAUGAAAAUGGGAAGUUCAAGUACUUUUUUGUAGCCUAUAAGGCUUGGAUGCUUGGUUUUGCGCAAAUGAAAAAAGUCAUAGGCAUCGAUGGGACAUUCUUGAGGAGCAAGUACGAAGGAGUGUUGUUGUCAGCAGUUGCACAAGAUGCGGAGAAUCAUAUUUUUCCAGUGGCAUUUUGUGUGGUGGACAAGGAGUGUGAUGCUUCGUACAAAUAUUUUUUUGAACAAAUGAGAAGCUAUAUAGAGGAUACCCCUGAGUUGUGCAUAAUUUCUGAUAGACAUCCAAGUAUCAAAAAGGCGGUUUCAAUUGUCUUCCCUACAUGUCAUUAUGGUUUUUGCAUGAGGCACCUAGGGGAAAAUCUGAGAACCACCUUUCACAAUGGGGCGGUCGUAUCUCAAUUUUAUAAAGCUGCAAAAGCGUACAAUAUUGAUGUCUUCAAUGACCAUUUCAAUCAAAUGUAG